AUGGCUGCCACUGCUGGUAGAGAUGCCGCUAACGCCAUCAAUAUGGAUAGUGCCCGGGACCAACAGGGGCAGGACCAGCAAUCACCAGUUGACACGCCGGCGACUGGCCGGGAUCCGAAUCAAGACCUGCCAGCACUCAAGGACUGCUUAGGACACGACUUUGAUAUCAACACUCUACGUCGGCUCCUCCCUCAACCACGUCCUUUCAUACCGGGCCUCUUCGUCCCGGGACUUUCAGUUCUUUACCUCGACGGCCUGCCUAUUCGAACGUACAAUAUUUGUGGGAUAUCCUACAACAUGCAGCAACCGUCUAACGAGACCAAGAGUAGCGUCACUCGAUACACGAUAGACAGGAGGCGCAUCAGAUAUUCGCUGGAGGUCGUACAACAGCCAGAAAAGGCGCGAGCAUGUGGAUCUGGUCCUCGCUCAUCAAAUGACCGGAGGCCGGUCGACCCGCCGCCGGUGGUCGAGCUCAAGGUCUUCAUUAACGAUGUCGACACCACAAUGCAGUACGACGCGACAUUCAUGCUGUAUGCGAGCUUGGAAGUUGCUCGGCCAAUCGCUGGCGGGAAAAUGCACGUACCUCCCGCGAUCCCCGUAUUGGCCGGCGUCACUAUAGCCAGUGCCGCAUAUCUCGAGAAACCAAAACGGGCGGCCUAUUUCAUUUUUCCAGACCUGUCUGUCAGGCACGAGGGCUGGUAUCGACUCAGGUUCUCACUCUUUGAGGGGGUCAAACAUGAUCUCGACGCCGACCUUGGAAAGCCGUUUGUCCGCACGGAGAGAGAUUGCGAUACCUUGACCGCGCCCGUGCGUCACGAAGGUGUCUUCAAUCGCAUGGAAGUUUUGUCAACUCCGUUUCAGGUCUACAGUGCCAAGAAAUUCCCAGGGCUCAAUCAAAGCACGGCUCUCAGCAUGAUGGUAGCCGACCAGGGUUGCCGAGUUCGGAUCCGAAGAGACGUCCGGCAACGAAAGCGACGUCAGAAGUCCGGUGCCGAUGGCGACGAUGCCCCGAGUUCAUACCAGGGGACUCCCCAGCCUAAUUACCGCAACCUCGACCACUCCAGAUCUGUCAGCCGCAACAGCAUUGGCACUCAGCACGAGAUCGAUGCUCAGACUCGGGACCCCGCCGAAGUCCUCUGGGCUCGCCAAGAUGCUGCCAGUCGGGAAUAUUUCUUGAACUCGGCAAAUUCGACAACAGGAGCACGCAGCGCGGCGUUACCUGUGCCAACCACGUCGAUGCCUCCACCACCUACAUACAAUCCGUCUGCAGCUCGAAGGCCGUCAUUUGAGACUCGGCCGCAGCCGUCAUUCACCAUGCCAACUCCUAGACCUACGCAGCCUGUCGCAGCACCGGUGAACCAGUCUUCGGCUCCACGGCCCAUGACUCCAGAUACCGAGAGUAGUCUUACGCUGCCCCCGCUCAGAUUCCCCAGUGCGAGUGUCCCAAAACCAGAUUCACUCGGUCCUAGAUACAAUGUGCCCACACUGGCUGCUACCAAACGGUCCUUCAGCCCUGGAUCUUACAGCCAAGAUGCCUCUCUGAAAGAUGGAGCUCGACCUGGCCUGCCAUCUAAACUCUGUCCACCGCCGCCUCCUCCGAGCGGCACCGACAUCAUCGAACCGGAUGUGGGUGGCGACGACGAUGACGAUGAAGACGCAGAAUUGUUCGCCGACGCAUUGAUCUACACGCGUGCAGAUGGUACGAAAAGCUACAGAUACCGUCCAAGUGCCAAUUAUUUCCGGUAA